AUGAAUAUCGAACGCAUCAAACCGGGAGUCUGGAACACCCGCGCCGUGGUGCACGGCGAUCUGGUGUUCCUGUCGGGCAUGGUGGCCGACGACAAGUCCCUGUCCAUGAAGGGCCAGACCGAGCAGGUGCUGGCCAAGAUCGACGAGGUCCUGGCCGCCGCCGGCACCAGCAAGUCCCGCAUCCUCACGUCCACCGUCUAUCUCGCCGACAUUGACGCCAAGGACGAGAUGAACGAAGCCUGGAUGGCCUGGAUAGACAAGGACAACCUGCCGGCCCGCGCCGCCAUCGGUGUCGCGCUCACGCCGGGCACCCAGGUGGAGAUCAUGGUCUGCGCGGCGAAGUAG